AUGGCAAGCCACAAGAGCCCACAGCCCUCUCAACUAUCAAAAUGGCACAGGCCAAAGAAGACAGCCUUCGACCUCCCCUGGGCUGAUAUCAAAGUGCUUGAUCUUAGCAUAUUCGGCUCGGAAGAAGGCAAGAAGAGACUGGUCGAGGAAUUACGCGAUGCUGUUCACAACACGGGCUUCUUCAGCCUGACCGGCACCGGCUUCACCGAGGAAGAAGUGCAGCGACAAUAUGAUAUUGCCCAGGGCUUCUUCGCGAAUCCCCAUGACGCAAAGAGUCGACCCGAAUACAAGUGCGACUUUGCCACGGGCAACUACUUUGGCUACCGCGAGAUCUACGAAAAGACCAUCAUGGGCACAGACGUGCGCGACAACGUCGAGCUCUACAACAUUGCCAAGUUCACGCCACACAACGAGUCCGAGGUCCGGCAUCCGUGGUUCGAGCCGUACAAUGUCGAGAUUGAGGCGUUCUCGCGCAAGGCCAUCGAGGUGGCAGCCAAGGUGUUUGAGCUGUUCGCGCUCAUGCUCGAGCUGCCCCCAGACUACUUCUCCUCGAAGCACCUUUACAACGACGCCAGCGACGAUCACUUGCGGUACAUGUCGUACCGGCCCCGCAGCGCCGAGGAUGAUGCGAAAGUGCAGAACACUUGGUCGCGGGCGCACACGGACUUUGGGUCGCUGACACUGCUCUGGAGCCAGAACGUGGCCGGUCUGCAAAUCAAGACGGGCGGUGGCGAGUGGCGGUACGUGCCGCCCGUCGACGGGGGCAUCAUCUGCAACGUGGGCGACACGAUGGACUUUUGGUCCGCGUCAUACCUCAAGUCGACAACCCAUCGCGUGGUGCGCCCGCCGCCAGACCAGCUGGACGGAAACCGCCUGGGCCUGUUCUAUUUUGUACGGCCUGGCAAUGAUGUGGACAUCAAGCCGGCCCCGUCGCCUCUGCUUAAACGGCUGGGGCUUGUGGCGGAGAAUCAGGAAGACGCCGAGCCAGUAACUGGGCUCCAGUACGUGCGCGAGAGGGUCAAGAACUACCAUAACCACGCGGACUAUGGGGACCGGAAAGGACAGCACUUUCAAGUGGGCAGCCUCAAGAUUGUGGACGAGGCGGACUGAGGAAGGAUUGGUGGUAUCGUUGUUGCAUGCAGAUUAUACGCCACUGGUCACCAGCUUCAUGGCAUCAUGGUCCUGCGAUCCAUGGCAAAGCCGUCUCGUGCUGGAAAGCUCGUGCCUGCCUCGCAGAUCCUGGUGUAGACGGACACGGUGCCGGAAGGCUCAGCG